AGCUGUUGGAGAACUUGCGCCAAUGUCUUUCUCCUGCUUUAGGAUCACCUGUUUCUGUGAAUGCUUUUAAGUUAUUGUUUAAUGCUUUACAAAUUGGUGCUUAAUGUUCCAUAUGUGGUAAUACUUUCAAAAGUUCGCGCAUAUUUUGUGAUGCCACAUCACGAUUGACAACAUGGGGUCCUUUGAAACCAGAGAGACUACCAUGGCAGCUCUGAAAGGUUUUGAUAUUGAUGCCCCACGCUGGGAUCAAUCCACAUUCAUGGGCCGUCUCAAACACUUUUUCAACAUCACAGACUUUCGCACUGUUCUGCUGUCCGACUCCAGACUCGAUGAAGCUAAAGCUUUAGUAGAGAGCUGCAGAGCUGGCUCUAUUCCUCCAGGCACAACUGAAGAGCAGCGGUACUAUGCAAAGAAGCUGUAUGACUCUGCGUUUCACCCUGACACGGGUGACCGGAUGAAUUUUAUAGGAAGAAUGUCAUUUCAGGUGCCGGGAGGAAUGGCCAUCACAGGGUUCAUGCUGCAGUUUUACAGGACGGUACCCGCUGUAGUGUUCUGGCAGUGGGUGAAUCAGUCUUUCAACGCUCUGGUCAACUACACCAAUCGCAAUGCUGCAUCACCCGUCACACCAAAGCAGAUUGGAGUUGCUUAUGUAACAGCAACCAGCACAGCACUGGCCACUGCGGUGGGGCUAAACCUCUACACAAAGAAAGCUCCUCCACUGGUGGCUCGCUGGGUCCCGUUCGCUGCCGUGGCCGCUGCUAACUGUGUGAACAUUCCAAUGAUGAGACAACAGGAGAUUUUGAAUGGCAUCUCUGUGACCGAUGAAGAUGGAAAUAAACUGGGUCAUUCAAGGAAAGCAGCUGUCAAGGGCAUCACACAGGUGGUCAUCUCUCGCGUUACCAUGGCAGCUCCAGGCAUGAUUAUACUCCCAAUUAUUAUGCAGAGGCUGGAAAAAUAUCGAUUCAUGCAGAAAAUCACAUUUCUUCAUGGGCCACUGCAGGUCAUGAUGGUUGGUGUAUUUUUGGUCUUCAUGGUGCCUGCAGCGUGUUCACUGUUUCCUCAGAAAUGUUCCAUGGCUGUAUCCAAGUUGGAACCUGAGCUCAGGGAAUCCAUCGUCUCUCAGUAUGGAGACCGUGUCAGAUUUGUUUACUUCAACAAAGGCCUGUGAGCGCCAGCCAAUCAGACUGGCCCAUCCAGACUCAAUGCAGGAGUCACUGUCCAAUCAGACGUUCUUCUUGAAGAUGUUUUUGCGAUAAACUAUAAAAAAAAAGCUUGGAUAGCCGAGGAUGUGACUGUUUUGCAUAGUGCACACAACGUAUCGUUUUUUUAUUUAAACUUUAAAUACAAAGUUUUGUUACAUUACUCGGAAAAAUGUAUACGCUUUAAAGCAUAAUUUACAGAGAAUUGUAUUUGGUCCCAAAUGCUGCAAUUUAGAUAUUCUGUCGUCUAUUCCUUGGCUAUGAUCUACCCUGAAUAAUCAGGAACAGAUUUGAAUACCUAAGAAAUAUUUCACUUGAUGCCAAAAGGGGAGUCUGCAUAUUUUAUUGCACGCAUUUCUCAGGAAGAGUUUAUUUUAAAGGUUUGGUGCUUUAAUGCUCUCAAACCCUUCAUUGAAAUCCUUAAAUGAUUUUUUUUGUCAGACUUUUAGCAUAUACAGUUUGUACAUAUUGUAAACGUUUUGAAAUAGCAUUUACAUUAUAAAUGAAUACAUUACACUAUUAAAUGGUUUUAAAGAGCAUUUCAUGGUUCCAUCCAGUGUGCCUUAAAGACUAAAGCCUCAGUUUGGCUGUCGGAUCCAUAGUCUGCACUCAAUGUGAACUCUGAUCUGAGUUAUGUACUUGUUUACAUCAUUAUGACAUGUUGAAAUAAACAGACA